GCUAAGUAAGGUAGACAAAAAAAUGGCAGGUACCAAACGGGUCUGUAUCGUCGGUGGAGGGUCCAGCGGACUGACCUCCAUCAAAGCGUGUCUAGAAGAGGGGUUGGAACCAGUUUGCUUUGAGAAAACUGACCAGCUUGGUGGACUUUGGCGAUAUCGAGAUGACGAUUCAGACGGCUUAGCCUCUGUGAUGAGGUCUACAAUUAUCAACAGCAGUAAAGAAAUGAGCGCCUACAGCGACUUCCCGCCCCCGAAAGAAUUUCCCAAUUACAUGCAUAACAGUUACAUGAUCAGGUACAUUGAAAUGUACGCUGAAAAGUUUGACCUGGGUCAACACAUCCGUUAUAGACAUGAAAUUCUGAAAGUUGUUGAAAAUCACGACUUCGAUGAAACUGGGCGCUGGAAAGUAACAAUCCGGGACAUCGAUAAAAACAUAAGUUUUGAUGAUGUUUAUGAUGGGGUGAUGGUGUAUUUAAGUACCAGACGUGGUUGCUGGAUCAUUCACCGAGUGGGACCAAAUGGCAUGCCUUUUGAUGCUACAUUCCUUAAACGAUCGUGGAAUACGAUUUGGCGCAGUAUUCCUUAUAGCCUGUUGUGUUAUUUAUCAGAAAACUACAUUAAUAACCGGUUCAACCAUGAGAUUUAUCAAAUCAAACCGAAACACCGUAUCUUUGGACAACAUCCUAUGGUCAACGAUGCUUUACCCAACAGAAUUUUGAGUGGAACGGUGGAACUGAAAGGAAAUAUUAAAGCAUUCACAGAGAAAGGAGUUAUUUUUGAAGAGGAAGAAGAAGAACGUGAAGCUGAUGUCAUCAUCCUUGCUACUGGCUAUAAAAUCCAGUUUCCUUUUAUCGACGAAAAAAUUCUUUCUAUUGAGAACAACAAUGUGGACUUGUACAAGUAUGUGAUCCCCCCCAAACUAAAACAUCCAUCCCUAGCUUUCAUUGCGCUAGCGCAGCCAGUUGGGGCUUUGUUUCCUAUAGGUGAAAUCCAGGCUCGCUGGUUCGCCUUGUUGAUGUCAAAGAAGGCGAAGCUCCCACCUUUUGGAGAUAUGAUGGCCGACAUCAAGAAGAAGCGUGCAGACAUGGCCAAGAGGUACUUUGAAAGUCCACGAAAUACUAUUCAGAUUGACUGGAUACCCUAUAUGGACGAGGUUUCUUCACUUAUUAAUGCUAAACCUAAACUAUUUAAUAUCCUGCUAACUGACCCUGGUUUCUUCUGGCAUUGUGUCUUCGGGCCUUGUCUUCCCUACCAGUAUCGAUUGAACGGCCCUCAUCCAUGGCCUGACGCCAGAAAGACCAUAAUGACGUACAAAGACCGUGUGCACUAUGCUCUUAAGACUCGUUACUCCAGCAGAACCAAAGAAGUCGUGCAGUCUCCAGGAUUCUUGAAAUUGGUGACGAGUUUUCUCUUCUUGAUUCUUCUGGCUUUCAUACUUUCGGUUCUGUUCUAAUCAAACAAUGAAUAAAACUGAACUAGAGAAAGAAGUUUCUAUACAAGUAGUAGUUUCUAUACAAGAUCCAGACGAUGGAUAAUGUAUAUCAAGGCGAUGAUUUGAGCCAAUCUAAUCAAACAAUGAAUAAAACUGAACUAGAGAAAGAAGUUUCUAUACAAGUAGUAGUUUCUAUACAAGAUCCAGACGAUGGAUAACGUAUAUCAAGGCGAUGAUUUGAGCCAAUCUAAUCAAACAAUGAAUAAAACUGAACUAGAGAAAGAAGUUUCUAUACAAGUAGUAGUUUCUAUACAAGAUCCAGACGAUGGAUAACGUAUAUCAAGGCGAUGAUUUGAGCAAGUUAUAAAAACGU